GAUGGUAAGUCAGCCCUUUACUCUGUGCCGCUCGGCAGACACAAGGCUGGCUGGCUCUCAUUUGCGGGCCCCUGUACCUAUCAAUGACGUAGAAAGGGUCGAGACCAUCCCCGCAAUUCUUUCAGCUCGAGGCUGAGAGACUGAGGCUGAGUUGUCCGCAGGGAUUUAUCUCCUCGGGUAGGCUGCAAUUUUGGGCUGUACAGACUAUAUAUAUGAUACGAGUUUUCUCCGAAUAUUCUCUGUUCAUCUAGUGUACUUUUGUGAGAGAUUGACGAUAUUGCUGCGACAACUGCGAUAACUUCUGACAGGGCUCACCAAGGCCUAAUCCAGGAACCACGGUGGAGACACAGUGGAGACAACACAUACAAACGAUAAACGACAUCAACCUCGAAAACAACCCCCCCUCGCCGCCAGUAUCUCCCCUCCGCUCGCCCUGGUAACAGCGAGAGAGCUCAUGUAGCCAUCGCCACGUCGUCUCACCCAAACACAUGGCACCCCUCCCCCAACCCCACGGCGUCGCGCACAAACACCACCUCUCCUUCCACUCCCUCGUCUCAAUGACAACCCUCAUGGCUCCGACGCACCACCACACGGCGCCCUCGCCGCCUACUCUCCCUUACCUCUCGCACCCCGUGCAAGCGCACUUGAGGAAGAUCUACACCUCGCUGUGCGGGGGGUCGCAGUUCGUUUCGCGCGAGGCGCUCGCGGCUUUCCUGAAGGAUGUGCAGAGUCAGGAUAUUCCGCUGAGUGAGGAUGUCGCGGAGUAUACGUUUGCGGACUGGCUGGCGCUGUUGUGGAUGAGGGGUGGGUUUGAGAGCGUGGGCGCGCUGGCGCGGAAUACGGACUUGGGGAAGCCGAUCAGCAGUUAUUAUAUCAGCAGCAGCCAUAAUACGUAUCUGAGCGGGAACCAGCUUAUGAGCAAGAGUACGACGGACGCUUAUAAGAAUGUCCUCAUCCGCGGCUGCCGAUGCAUUGAAAUCGAUGUGCAUAACGGCGAGCCUGUGUCCGUUUCCUCCCGCCUUCCUCAUAUCACCGGCACCACCCCGUCUGAUCUUGCUGUGUCUGCCAUACAGGCGAAGAGAAAGUAUAAGCGCAUGUAUAAAGCUGAGUACAAAGCGAAGCUCGGUUCCUUGAAGGGCAAGAUUCCCUGGGGUCGGAGUGACGACAAAAAAGAGCACGCGGCCGCGGAUGAGAAGUUGGGAUCGGAACAUAUGUUUGGCCACAAGCAGACGGCGAACAAUGUGCCGAGUAUCAGUCGCGAGAAGACGAGCGACUCCGACAGCAGCAGCAGCAGUAGCGACGACGAUUUGGAAGAUGGGUCUGGAGAGAAGGGCGCGAGAGGUCGCUCGAGUUCGGUCUUAAAGGGGGAGCCGGUCGUGCUGCAUGCCUGGACGUUAACGCGCGCCGUCGGCUUCCGCGAAGUGUGCCGCGCCGUGCGCGAGAGUGCGUUUCAGACAACGAACCUGCCACUCAUUGUCAGCUUGCAAGUAGGUUGCGAUGUGGAUCAGCAGGAGGUUAUGGUGCAGAUCAUGAAAGAGGAGUGGGCGGGCGUUCUUGUCGACGCCGCGCACCCGACCUGUCACCCAGAGGAACGCCUGCCGCAUCUUGACGAACUACUGAAUAAGAUCCUCAUCAAGGUCAAGAGAAGCGCCGAGGUCCCACCAGCCGAGCCUCCGAGCUCCGAUGUUAGCAUGACUGCUAGCAGCAACCCCAUCACGCCUUUGACAACAAGCACGACUGCAAGCACGACGCUCUCUUCGCGCCCCUCGACACUCACCCCCACCGCCACUAUCUCUACACCCCUAACACCGACGACCUCCCAUGACGCGCUCGACGCCCUAUCGGUAUCCUCACGUUCCCGCUCCCCAUCCCUCUCCCGCUCUCCUUCCCGCUCCCCCGCCCCAAAGAACAAGGCGCGGAUCCACCCCUCCCUCUCCGCGCUGGGAAUCUACACACACAGCUCUCACUUCUCAUCCCUCACCGCCUCCUCCGCCUCGAUCCCAUCACACAUCUACUCUCUCUCCGAAGGUGACAUCCUCGAGCUCUUCGCCGCCUCGCCCAACGCCCUCCUAGCCCAUAACCGGCGCUACAUGAUGCGCGCCUACCCCGCCGGCCACCGCAUCGACUCCUCCAACCCCGACCCCUCCGUCUUCUGGCGCAAAGGCAUCCAGAUGGCCGCCUUAAACUGGCAAGUCUGGGACCAUGGCACCAUGCUCAACGAAGCCAUGUUCGCCGACUCGGACGGGUGGGUGCUGAAGCCGCCUGGGAUGCGGGAGGGCGCCGAGGUCGCAGAGCUCGAUGCGGUGGAGGGGAAGCUCAUGGACCUGCGGAUCCGGGUUUUUGCGGCGCAGCGGAUCCUGGGGGAGGAGGAGCUGCGCGCGCGCGUCAAGGUCGAGGUACAUGCGGAGAGGGCGGGGGAGAAGGCGGGGGAGAAGGCGGGCGAGGAGUGGAAGAGGCAUACGGAGACGAAGCGGGGCGCGAGCGUGGAUUGGGAGGGGGAGCAGCUUGAUUUCCUCGGGGCGGGGCCGGGAGUGGUGGAGGAGCUGAGUUUUGUCAGGUUCCGUAUUGAGGAUGACGGCUUCACGGAUACGCUGGCAGCGUGGGCUUGUGUGCGGCUUGAUCGACUCCAGAAUGGGUACCGGUUUUUGAAGCUGCGGGAUGCGAAGGGGGCGGCGACGGAUGGACUCCUGUUUAUUGGCGUGGAGAAGGUGGAGCGCUGAGGAUAAAGGCCAGGAGGAAAGGGGCUUCGGACACAAGGAAGAGCUGGCGAAUGGAUCUGAAGGGCGUACCGCCAUAGUGAUGUAGCAUAAUCUGGGUACCAUACCUUUCCGUCAAAUUUCGACCGAUUUUAUUACAACGCACAAGUGCGAAGCCCUCUCUGCGGCAGAGCCCUUCAUACGACCCCGUUCUCGCACUAAGUGCGCGUUUCAGCGAACCAGCAGCUGCAGAUCUCCAGUGCAUGUCGCUGACUUCUACAGCGUAGCAUUGCCAUCCAUGAUGACAGGGUGCCUACCGAAGGGUUGUGGCUCCAUCAAGCCAUUCCACUCGAAGCCCCUAGAACUUAAUGCCAGGCCCGAGUUACUGUAGACGGCUAACCGAGGAGGGUGCCAAUCUCUGGCGACAUGAAGUACAGACAAGGGAAAACAGGAGGGUGUGUGAAGCUAACCGCCGACACUCAUCCCAUCGUUCUGACUUGUCAUAUAUGUGAUGGAUCGGCAGCGGGAGGAGGAGCGAUGUAUUCUAUCAUACAGUAGUAUUCCGAUGCGAUGCUCCGUGGGAUGUCUUACAAUGCGUCAGGUAGCACAAGGGAGCGGUUCGGGGCGGAGUCUUCUCACAAAUGCAGGAAGUGGGGG